AUGAAUGCAUGCACUCGCUGUGUUACAGGCUGCGCUGCAGCAGCGCUUCCAAAGGCUGGGUCCCGGGGCCUCGCCUCAGCAGCCGCUGCUGCUGUACCAUUUCACUACUCACCCCUCUUCCAACAUUCCAAAGAACCCAAAUGCCAAUUCCGCCGUCUGGACACUCUAAGCAACGAGAUUAAAGCAGAAAAUGUAACAGGUCUCGGUCGAAUCCUGCGUGUGCCGGCGAGCACCCUCACUGCUCUAUCUCGCGAGGCAUUCGGGGACUUGGCCCACCUGCUGCGGCCUUCUCAUCUUCAGCAGCUGAGAAAUAUAUUGGAUGACAAAGACAGCAGCGUUAACGACAGGGCAGUGGCGCUGGAGCUGCUGAAGAACGCCUGCAUUGCAGCUGGCAGGGUGCUCCCCGGAUGUCAAGACACCGGCACUGCUAUAGUGGUGGGAAAAAAAGGCCAGUUUGUAUUUACUGAAGGCGCAGAUGAAGAAGCUCUAUCUAAGGGCGCGUAUCUGGCCUACACUACUGACAAUCUUCGAUACAGCCAGAUGGCUCCCCUGGACAUGUUCACAGAGCAAAACACAAAGUGCAAUUUGCCCGCACAAGUUGAUAUCGCAGCAGUAGACGGCAACUCCUACGAAUUUCUUUUUAUUGCGAAGGGAGGGGGCAGCGCAAACAAGACAUUUCUCUAUCAGCAAACUAAAGGUUUGUUGACCCCAGCCAAGUUGUCUGCAUUCCUGGAAGAGAAGAUUCGCACGAUUGGCACAUCUGCGUGUCCCCCUUACCACCUUGCUGUGGUGAUUGGGGGCCUUUCAGCUGAGCAGACUUUAAAAACGGUCAAAUUGGCCUCUUGCCGAUACUUGGACUCCUUGCCAACCAGCGGGAACCAGCACGGGCGGGCGUUUAGAGACUUGGAGAUGGAGGAAAAAAUUUUGAGUAUGACAAGGGAGAUUGGAAUCGGUGCUCAGUUUGGAGGCAGGUACUUCUGCCAUGAUGUGAGGGUUAUCAGACUGCCCAGACAUGGAGCCUCCUUGCCUGUGGGGAUUGGCGUAUCAUGCUCAGCUGAUAGGCAAGCGCUGGCCGUUAUUAACGAAGAUGGAGUUUUCCUGGAGCAACUCGAGACGGAUCCCACAAAAUAUUUGCCCUCAGUUACGGAUUCUGACCUGGGCAUAACUGAGCCGGUGCGUCUAAGUCUUGACCAGCCUAUGUCGCAGCUGCUGCAGGCACUGCAGCAGCUGCCUUGCAAGACACGACUGUCUCUGUCUGGGACAUUGAUUGUAGCUCGGGACAUUGCGCAUGCGAAGCUGAUGGAGAGGCUCGAGAAGGAAGGAGAUCUCCCGGAAUACUUUAAACAACACCCUAUCUACUAUGCUGGUCCCGCGAAGACUCCCGAGGGCCGGAUUAGCGGCUCCUUCGGCCCCACCACUGCCGGCCGCAUGGAUCCGUACGUGCCAGCGUUUAUGGCUAAGGGUGGCAGCAUGGUGACACUUGCGAAGGGCAACAGAUCAGCCACAGUCGCUGAAGCCUGCAAGAAAUACGGCGGAGCCUACUUGGGCUCCAUCGGGGGCCCCGCAGCCAGAAUCGCAGAGAACUGCAUCAAAGAAGUCGAAGUAGUUGAGUACCCGGAACUUGGCAUGGAGGCUGUCUGGCGUAUUCGUGUGGAGGACUUUCCAGCAUUUGUUGUUAUAGACACCAGCGGAAACGACUUCUACAAAACAUGGAUGCCCUGA